GUUUCUGGCCGAGAUCGCGUAUCGCGUCCUCAACUCCUACCAGAGAGUUCUUCACGAGGAUCCUGUGCAACCAGAUGGGACGAUCCUCAAGCCAGAGCGCGACUACCAUAUGCAUGUUUUCGGAGAAGUGGCCCUUCUUUUCGUGGACGUCCGCGGCUGCAAGACUUUCCACUGGAAAGAAGAGGAGGACCACGAGGCGCCCAUGCUUGGCAAAGCCCAGUGGGCAGCGUUGGAGCAGGCUUUGUCGCCGGGUCUGGGCCUCAUAGCGAAGAAUCGCGAAGACAGCAACAAUGCUUAG